UAUACUCUGCAUUUGUUUCACUGAGUGUUGGCUGCCGAACCUUGUCUUCCUCAUUCAUGCGCACAUCUUGUCUGAAGAUACCCAUCGCCGCUGCAAAUGCACGACAACUCUCGAUAGGGUUUUCAUAAACUAUUUCACAUCAUCUUCCUUACAUACUCAAUCCAACAAUGGCCUACAUGUCUGUAUCAAAGCCUUCUAAUUUGAAGCUCAGAUCCUAUGCUAAGCUUUCUAGGGAUUCAAUCCCAUCUUCCCUUCAAUCCCUUAACUUCUUCUGCUCACCAGCUUCCUCAGAUACCUCACUCCCGACUCCUCUCUCUCCUGCUGAUCCAGUUCCAUCCCCAGAUGCAGAGGAACGUAUUUCUCCCUCGCAGACCGAGGAUAAUCAAAGAGUCCGCGGAGGUAAGCAACGAAACCCUGAAAAAAUAGAGGAUAUUAUCUCUAGGAUGAUGGAUAGUAGGCCGUGGACUACUCGUUUGCAGAAUUCCAUUAGAGAAUUAGUUCCUCAAUUUGAUCAUUCUCUGGUUUAUAAUGUCUUACAUGCCGCACGUAAUGCUGAACAAGCGCUCCAGUUCUUCCGAUGGGUUGAACGGUCUGCUUUGAUUCGCCAUGAUAAAGAAUCCCACUGUAAGAUUAUAGAAAUUCUAGGGAGAGCUUCUAAGCUUAAUCAUGCUAGGCUUAUCUUGUUUGAUAUGCCGAGUAAGGGUUUGGAGUGGGAUGAGGAUAUGUUUGUGAUGUUGAUUGAGAGUUACGGUAAUGCUGGAAUUGUCCAGGAGAGUGUAAAAAUCUUCAACAAAAUGACGGAAUUAGGAGUUGAUAGGACGAUUAAGUCUUAUAACAUCUUGUUCAAGGUGAUUAUGCGUCGUGGAAGAUAUAUGAUGGCUAAGAGAUACUUUAACAAGAUGGUCAAUGAAGGUUUAGUUCCAUCUCUUCACACCUACAAUCUAAUGAUUUGGGGAUGCUUUCUUUCGCUUAAGGUCGGAACAGCUAAUCGAUUCUAUGAAGAAAUGAAAACUAAAGGGAUGUCGCCGGAUGCGGUCACAUACAACACCAUGAUCAACGGGUACAAUCGUGUUAACAAGAUGGAAGAUGCAGAGAAGGUGUUUGUUGAAAUGAAGGGAAGAAAUAUUGCCCCUAAUGUAAUAAGCUAUACAACUAUGAUUAAAGGCUAUGUUGCGGUUGGGAGAACUGAUGAUGCUUUAGGAUUAGUUGAGGAGAUGAAAUCCUUUGGUAUUAAACCGAAUGCGAUUACCUACUCUACUCUAUUACCCGGGCUUUGCGAUGCAGACAAGAUGCCAGAAGCUCAUAUGGUUUUGAAGGAGAUGGUCGCUAAAUAUAUAUCUCCCAAUGACAACUCGAUCUUCACGAGAUUGAUGUCUGGUCAAUGUAAAGCUGGGAAUAUGGAUGCAGCCAUGGAUGUCCUCAAAGCAAUGAUUAGGUUAAGUAUUCCGACAGAGGCAGGUCAUUACGGAACCCUAAUCGAGAAUUUCUGCAAGAUUGGUGAUUACGACCGUGCUGUUAAAUUAUUGGAUAAGGUCGUGGAGAAAGAAAUCAUUUUGAGGCCACAGAGUACAUUCCAUAUGGAAUCGACCGCCUAUAACCCGAUAAUCUCAUAUCUCUGCAACAACAACCAGACAGUAAAAGCCGAAACCUUUUUCAGACAGUUGAUGAAGAAAGGCGUUAAGGAUCCAAUUGCCUUCAAUAAUCUAAUCCGUGGCCAUUCAGCUGAAGGUGCUCCUGAUUCAGCUUUCGAUAUUCUGAAGAUCAUGAUCAGACAAGAUGUUCCUUCGGAAGAGACUACAUACAAGCUGUUGAUCGAUAGUUACUUGAAGAAAGGAGAGCCUGCUGAUGCUAAAACAGCUUUGGAUGGUAUGAUCGAACAGGGACAUGUCCCUGAUUCAAAUGUUUAUCGAUCGGUUAUGUCCAGUUUGUUUGAAGACGGGCGAGUUCAAACUGCUAGUCGUGUAAUGAAGACAAUGGUGGAGAAAGAAAUUAAGGAGAAUACCGAUAUGAUUGAGAAGAUCUUGGAAGCCCUUCUUAUGAGGGGUCAUGUUGAGGAGGCGAUUGGACGAAUCGACCUCGUUUUGCAAACUGGAUACAAGCCCGAUAUUGAAAAUCUUUUGUCGGUUCUUUGCGAGAAAGGGAAAACAAUAGCUGCUUUGAAAUUAUUGGAUUUCGCAUUGGAGAGAGAUUGUAAGAUCGAUAUAUCGAGCUACGAUAGAGUGUUGACAGCACUUUUAGAAGCGGGGAAGACCCUUAACGCGUUCUCGCUGUUAUGUAAAAUAACGGAGAAGGGAGGAGUUGCUGAUCAGGGUAGCUGCGAUGGAUUGAUCAGAAGGCUAAACGAGGAGGGAAAUACUUAUCAGGCGGAUGUACUCACUAGAAUUCUCAAAGGGAAAGAUAAGGCUUCUACUGGGAGCAAGAAAGGGACUAAGCAGAUGUUUACUGCAUAGUAGUAAAUCUUGCUAUUUUUGAAUUUUUGUUUCUUACUUAGAGUGUCUUAAACGUAAGAUUAGAAUUGGGGGUUGAAACAUAAGACACUAACUAUGAUUCUGGUUUUAAAGAUUCUAUUUUGAUCAAAUAAUCUUGAGGAUUUCAAUGUUAUUCAGAUUUUCUUGCCUGUGUAAUGAAUUUCAGUCUUUUAUUGAUUAGACUCCCUUUGUGUGCA